GUUAGUUUUUGAAUCAAGUAAAAGUUUUAACAAUUACACAGAUAUAUAUGUAGCUUUGAAUCUUUUUUUUUAAUUUAAAAUGAUUUGUAAUUUUAAACGUUCAUACGAUAUAGUAUAUGAAAAAUUUUUUUCUGCGUUUCCGACAUAUUUAUAUUGAUAAAAAUUCAGUUUUGCACAAACUUAAUAUUUCAUACAUUAGUAUAAAUUUAUAUCGCGUGUAAAAAAUGUGGCAACUAUGGAAUGUCAAUGAAAUUUAAAAAAAAUUAAAUAUGACUUCAAUGAACCGGAAAUUGAAUUUCGAAAAUAAAUUUAAUAUAUAAUAUAUAUUAUAUAUACAAAUUAUUGUAAAGUAACGUAAAAGCACAAUGAAGGUGGAAAUUAUUGAAACAAUUUUUCUACUAGUCUGUAUUUUUUGCGGGUCAGUGACGUCGGAAAAUAGACGUAAAAUCGAAAUCCCAAAUACGGAUUCAAAGAACGUCAUCGAAGAUGCAACGGUUCACAUUAUCAAAACAUGCUUUCCACAUUUCAAGAAUAUCAUUACUAUGGUUUAUAAAAAUGAAUCAAAUGGCCAACAAGUUUUAAAGUCUUCCACAAGUUUAGACAUGAUUAGUACAUUAUUCGAUCUAAAUUCAUAUCAUCAUAACAAUAUUAAAAUCAAAGAUCAAAUAGAUGCAGUAAUAGUAAUUUCAAGAAGAAAUAAAGAAGAAAUAUUCACAAGGAUUCGAAAGUAUGAUAAAUUAAAUAUAUUUAAUGCUGCUGUGCUUUUCAUAGUACAUAAUUGGCCAAACUAUUAUUGUCCUGACGCAUACAUAAACCUCCACGAGGGACGGAGAUUACAAUUCUUAAGAUCCUAUUUCGUGUGCUUCGAUUUUGAUAAAAAACUUAAAGUCUACACUUCUAAUCCUGAUUUCCAGUGGGCACCGUCUGUUUGGAAGUAUGAAGAAUCAGACAAAGAAGACCAAAAUAAUCCAUUUGUCAAACCUUUGACGAUGUUUUCUCGACCCUAUGUUGAAGAAAGUAUCUGCGAUGACUUAAAUUUUGACAUGACAAAAAAUCUAACCGGUUACAAUUUAACAAUAGCGUCUGUUGGAAAAAAAUAUGAAAAAAAAGGUUUUGAUGAACAGAUUGUCAAAGCUUUACUACAAGCAUUAAAUGUAGGACUCAAAAAAGAAAAUAUGAGUUCGCAUUCAGAUGUCCGUCAGCGUAUGAAAAAAAAGACUUUUGAUAUAUUCACAGAAAGUCAAAAUAUCAAUGUUCAUUCUGGAAAUUUAGAACCAUAUAUCAUUACUUAUCCCGUAAUGUACACUACCAUCGAAAUGGUGACCCAUAAACGAGCUUUGCUUACGCCUUUAGAAAAAAUAUACAAUUACUACGGCUAUUUAAUUGUCUUAGCGACAAUUAUUAUUUUACUAAUAACAUUCAUAGUUAUCUAUUUAUCCGAGGGUAGCAUCUCAUUUGCAAUAUUCGAAGUACUUCGGUUGUUAAUAAACGCAGAAAUAUUAACACGCAUGACUACAACAUCAAGUCGUUUAUUUUUUUCAGUUAUUUUCUUAUAUUUUUUAAUAAUCCACGGGACAUUUAGCGGACGAUUGGCUGAAUUUUUAACAAGACGGGAGUAUCAUAAAAAUGUUGAGACUCUAGAAGAUCUUAAAGAUCCCCGUUACACACAAAUUUAUACUUACCCACUAGCCGAACAAUUUAUCACUGACCCGGUACUGAAAGCUAAAACAAUCUUCAACAAUAAAAACUGUCUUAAAAGAAUUGAAAACAAUUCAUCGGUUGCUUGUAUCAAUAAUUAUGUCAGUCUCUUACCUGCAAUACACGCUUAUGAUUUACAUCGGCCAAAAAAGCCCUUGCUUACUGCGUACUAUUCGCAGUUGAUAAGAAAAAAUCUGCCAUUGGCAUCGCGCAUCAAUAGUAUCAUGAUAUGGCUCGCGCAUUCAGGGCUGUCCCAAAAAUGGACCGAUGACAUGAUCGCUGAAGACACACGUGGGAUUAAAAUUAUGAAGGCCAGAUCGCUGAUGUAUUACCGCCCGAUAACUUUUGAUGACUUGGAAUUUUCUUUAGUCAUGCUGGCUAUUGGCUUAAUUUCCUCGACAAUUUGUUUUGUUUUUGAACUCUUUAUUGGCUGGGUUGUACCCAAAAAACGUAAGAGACCGCGCGCUAAGUGGAUGAUACCCAAAGCAUUUAUUCAAUUCAAAAUUAAAAACAGAUUUAAAAAUAUUGUUCCGAAUUUUUAUCACGUACAAAAUAGUGAGACACGAAAAAGAAGAAAUAUUGUGACGCAGUUCUUGAGAAAUUUAUUUCAAUAUUUUUUUAAGUGAUGGCAAAAAAUAAUGGUCGGUCUUUUUUAUCAUAUACUUGUGGGUUACUAUUAAAAUUAAUUUAAAAAAAUAUUUUUUAUAACUGCUGCCUUUAAAGUUCAAUAUUCGAGCGUCGUGUGGCGCGAGUAAAAUAGGUCUUUCUCUCGAUAGCUCGACGAAACUAUAGAACGAUGUCGAAAAAUCAGCUGUUGGACUUUUCAGCAUGAUUUUACUGUGCUGAAAAGUAAUUGCCUAUAGGAAAUGUAUACAAAUUACCUAGCAACCGUCGUUCACUCGAGUUAAAAAAAGAUGGUGAUACUUUUUUCUCCAUAUACUCCUACUGUCGCAUUUAUCCUGAAAUUCGCACAUGCGCAAAUAGAAAGACGACAAUUGGAAACCUGCAUAGUGAUCAUAUGUUUCUUAUUCUUAUUGAAUAUCAUAACUUGUGUGUUUGUAUUGUGAAAAUAAUAUUAUUAUCAUAUUAUUAAUCGUUCAAUAAAAAUUUUCACAUUAUUAAAAACAGUCAGAGAUUUUAAUUAAUAAAAUUAAUAAACUAAUUAAUAGAAUUCAAUUGAAAAAUAAAACAUGAAUAGAUUGUUAUUAUUUACACUUGUACAAUUGUUUAUAUUUAGAAGGUAAUUUUUUAUUCUCUAAAUGAUUGAAUUCCUCUCGAUUAAACUUUAAAGGCAGUCGUUAUAAAAAAUAUUGUUCGAUACAAAGGAUUAAAAAGAGGGAUACGGUAUGCAUGUAUUGUCAACACUCGUCUAGGGAUAUGUUACAUUCACAACGAGAACUCGUACCUACAUCUCUCUCGCACUCGCUUCGCUCGUGCGAGAAAGAUGUAUGUACUCGUUCUCGUUGAGAAUGCGGCAUAACCCAAGACUUGUGUCGCCAAUCCAAGCAUGCCGCAAACCCUCUUUUUAAUCCUACGUAUCGAAAAUAGCUAUUAUUGAACUGCUGAUUUGUUACCUUGUAUUAUAUAUCUUAUGACUAUCAAUAUUAUUGUUACAACGAAUUGAAAUAAUCGAUUAAACUUAUAAAAAGUUCAUUAUAUAUUUAUUUGUGAUAGAUAAAAAGUUUUCUUUGCAUCCAGUAAACGUCAAUUACGACCUUGACUUGUUCUAUAUAUUGAUCCUCAUUGAAUUAUUUGAAAGUUUUAAUGCGUUUUUACAUUGUUAUGGAAUGGAAUGCAUUUAAGACAGAUGCUUUUAAGAAAAUAAACAACUUAGUGAUAAGAAUUUUUGUUUUUCGAUCGAGAGAAUCUUUCUCUUAAAACGCUUGGAGUUGUAAACCGAAACAAUUGAAUAAACUUGUGAUCAUGAAUGGUUCGGAAUAUACUUAUUUUAUAAUCAAUGUACCCUGAUUAAAACAAACGAUUUAAAAGGAUUUUCGAUGUUAAAUGCACAUAAGAAGAGAGAUUCAAAAAUAUUCAAGGUAUUUAAAAAUAUUAAAAAGUAUUAAAAAAAUUUUUUUUUGAAUCCCUUUAAAUAGAUUUUUUUAAUCAGGGUAGGUAGAAAAAUAAUCAUGCCACGCAUGUAUGUAUUAAGAAUUUUAAAAUUAAAUCACUCUGAAGAAAAAUCAGCAUGCGCGAUCAUGCUUGAUUGCGCUACCCUAGCAGACCUGAGUUACCGUAAAUUCACGGUAUUUUUACCGUAAAUCUACCGUAGAAUACCGUAAAAUUCGAGUAGAUUUACCGUAAAUUACGGUAAAUCCACCGUAAAUCGCGAUAAAUCCACCGUAAUUUACGGCAAAUCGGUACUUUAAGGUGAAUUACCGUAAAUUACGGCAGGUAUACCGUAAAUUUACCGUCGAAUACGAUAAAUCUACCGUAAAAAAAUUCGGGUGGAUUACCGAAUUACCGUAAUUUACAGUGGAUUACCGUAUUUCCGUAUUUUACGGUAAAUCCACCGUAAAUUACGGAAAAUCCGCCGUAAAUUACGGUAAAUCCACCGUAAUUUACGGUGAAUCGUUAUUUUACGGUGGAUUACCGUAAUUUACGGUCGGUUUACCGUAAUUUACCGUAAUUUGGGUCCGUUAGGGUACUAUACAUUGCCAUCGUCAAUGAAAAAAUAAUUUAUUGAUUGAAUAAGAAAUUCAACAUUUUAAGGAAAAAAGUUUUUUUCUUUUAUGCAACAGAUGCUGGACCUUCAUCAUAGUCAUCUAUGUAUUUUCGAGUAAAUACAUCUGCAGGGAGAGAAACACUAGUUUACACGAUUUUCAUACCCCAGCUGAAAGUUGUUAUUUUGUUAUUCAUUUAGAUACCCUAACGGACCUAAAUUACGGAAAUCCACCGUAAAAUACGGUAGUACGGUAAUCCGCCGUAAAUUACGGUAAUUUGAUAAUCCAUCCGAAUGUUUACGGUAGAUUUACCGUAUUCUGCGGUAAAUUUACGGUAAAAAUACCAUAGUUUAUGGUAAGCCCACCGUAAUUUUCCCAUUUACCGUAACUUAACGUAAAUUACGGUAAUUCGCCAGAAUUUUACGACAUUUUAGCGUACUCUACUGUCGAAUUGUGGUAAUUUACGGUAAAAAUACCGUAAAUUUACGGCAAAUCAGGUCUGCUAGGGUAGAA